GCAGAGAGAGGGAGCGCGCGUGCAGGGUCUCCGAGUCAGCUGUGUUUUCUCCUCUCAGCUUUUCUAACGUUACUCUUUAACGCGCUGAGUACAGCGCUUUAUCCUCUGGACAGCAAACUGCGCCGACUGCAGACACUUUAUACACAAAUAUUUCUUUUAAAUGCUGACCAAGAAGAGAUUUAGCGGCCCGUGGACCUGUAUGUAAGACCUGGAGUACCCAUUCCUGCUCCUGCAGGGUUCAGGUGCAACACACCUGCCUGUAUCAUUCAGAUUCUCCUGAAGGUCUUCAUUACCUGGAUCGGAUGUGUUAAAUUAGGGCUGGAGCCAAACUCUGCAGGGUGGUAGAUCUCCAGGAUUGGGCACCUCUGAUUUAAUCUGAGUACUUGUUACAGAAAGGCCAGGGGAUUUUCCUCUUUUUCUCUUGCCAAGAGCUGCCUCUGUUGGACAGUAUCUAUGGACUUGUUUUCCCAGAAGGCCUGCGUGUGGGGCAAAUGAAGAAGCUUGGACUAGAAAUUGGGCUGCCGUGCAAGGUUUCUCAGCAAAGUGGGUUUUGAUCUGACAUGCUGAGAUGGAGAAGAUGGCCUGUGUUAGCACUGUCAGCGGCCGAACCAUGUUCUGCCACCUGGAUGCUCCGGCCAAUGCCAUCAGUGUGUGCCGGGAUGCUACGCAGGUGGUGGUGGCCGGGCGGAACAUCUUCAAGAUCUAUGCGAUGGAGGAAGAUGGUUUUGUGGAGCGUCUGAACCUGCGUGUGGGCCGCAAGCCCUCGCUGAACUUCAGCUGUGCCGACGUGAUGUGGCACCAAAUGGAGGAGAACCUGCUGGCCACAGCAGCCACCAACGGCGCGGUGGUGACGUGGAACCUGGCUCGGCCGUGCCGCAACAAGCAGGAGCACCUGUUCACAGAGCACAAACGCACAGUCAACAAGGUGUGCUUCCACCCCACUGAGGUGCACAUGCUCCUGUCUGGAUCACAGGAUGGCUUCAUGAAAUGCUUCGACCUGCGCAAGAAAGAGAGCGUCAGCACCUUCUCUGGUCAGUCGGAGAGUGUUCGAGACGUGCAGUUCAGCAUGAAGGAUUAUUUCACAUUUGCUGCGUCAUUUGAGAAUGGAAAUGUACAGCUGUGGGACAUUCGCAGACCCGACCGCUACGAGAGGAUGUUCACUGCACACACAGGGCCGGUGUUCUGCUGCGACUGGCACCCUGAGGACAGGGGAUGGCUGGCAACCGGUGGCCGUGACAAGAUGGUGAAGGUGUGGGACAUGACAACCAACCGAGCUAAAGAGAUCUAUUGCGUGCAGACCAUCGCCUCGGUGGCAAGGGUGAAGUGGCGUCCGGAGCGGCGCUGGCAUCUAGCCACCUGCUCCAUGAUGGUGGACCACAACAUCUACGUUUGGGACGUCCGGCGCCCCUUCAUCCCCUUUGCCACCUUCGAGGAGCACAAGGAUGUCACCACUGGCAUCGUGUGGCGCCACCAGCAUGACCCCUACGUGCUGCUGUCCGGCUCCAAGGACAGUACGCUCUACCAGCAUAUGUUCAAGGAUGCCAGCCGGCCCGUGGACCGGGCCAACCCUGAGGGCCUCUGCUUUGGACUGUUUGGAGACCUGGCCUUCGCUGCCAAGGAGAGCCUGAUGACUGGUGAGGCCGGACGUAAGCCGUACCAAGCUGGCGACCGCCGCUACCCCAUCUUCUUCUUCAAGAAGCCGGAUGUGACGGAACAGUUUGCGCAGGUUGCCAGUGCGCUGAGCGUGUUUGAGUCUGAGGCGGACGGCAGCAGCAGGAUGGACUGGUUCAUCAAGACAGCCUGCAGGUACCUGCUGAGCGGAAAACCCUUCGCCGAGCUCUGUGACCACAACGCUAAAGUCGCCAAGGAGCUGAACAGACCACAGGUCUCAACCACAUGGACCAUGCUGCGGAUCAUGUUUUCUGAUCCAGGAAACCCAGCCCCACCAGCCAAUCACAACAUGAGUAAACUGGGCAACAUCCCCCUCAUGAACAGUUUUAAUUUGAAGGAGAUGAGUUCUGCUCUGAAUGAGAGAAGCAAAGAGAACCGGCAGGACAACCUGCACAACCUGGAGACGAACCUCAACAACGAUGAGAAUGAAGAAACAGAAGGCAGCGAUGGUCAGGCUGAGUAUCUGUUUGGUGAUGCUGAGCUGGACGAUGAUGACCUUUACAGCGUGGAGCAUGAAAACCAAGCAGAAGAGGCAGAGUUUUCUCUCCCUCAGGAGGCUUUCCCACUGAGGCAUGAGAUCGUGGACCACCCGUCUGCUCCUGAGCCUCCAGCCGAGAAGCCAGAGUCUCCGCAGGUGAGCGGCAGUGAGGCAGAGAGCUUCUGCCUGACGCCCAUGGAAUCCAUCAGCCUGAUCUCCGUCUCCCAGCUGCUCUACCAGCCGCAGCUGCCUCCCAGCUUCUUCUGCCCCGUCGUCAGGGAGAUGCUGGACUACUACGCUGAGCAGGGAGAUGUGCAGAUGGCCGUGUCUGUCCUUAUUGUGCUUGGAGAUCGCAUCCGUAAGGACAUCGACGAGCUCACACAGGAACACUGGUACAUGUCCUACAUUGAUCUGCUGCAGCGUUUUGAACUGUGGAACGUCAGUAACGAAGUGAUCAAACUGAGCACCUGUAGCGCCAUCACCUGCCUGAACCAGGCCUCUACCACACUGCACAUCAACUGCAGCAACUGCAAACGACCUAUGAGCAACAAGGGCUGGAUCUGCGAUAGGUGUCACCAGUGUGCGAGUGUGUGUGCAGUGUGUCAUCACGUGGUGAAGGGCUUGUUUGUGUGGUGUCAGGGCUGCAGUCAUGGAGGCCAUCUGGAACAUGUGAUGGAGUGGCUCAAAAGCUCCAACCACUGUCCUGCAGGCUGCGGACACUUGUGUGAAUACACCUGACACACACAUACACACUCCAUCUCUGUCUCACAAGCACAGACACACACUUAAAGGUUUGGCAGCAUCAUGAAAUAGUGAAGAGCUGUGUGUCUGCGUGCGUUAUGAGGAAUGUACAAUUCCAUGCAAAAGUCAGUGAACACCUUUCAUUUUUUUAAAUUUUCAGACAAAAAGGCCAUUAUGUACCAAAUUACAGAUUUUUUUUGUGUCAGUAAUGACACUGAACAGAAGACAGCAUGGAUUUAAAAACGACUGGCCACAGACAACAUUGAAUUAAAAGAAAAUUGCUUCUCCCAGCACAUUCAAUGAUGUGAAGGGCUGGACUGAUGUGGUCAGUCCAUUAUUCUGAAAACACCAGCAGCUUCUUUGUGGGAUUUGCAAAUCUUUUUUUUUUUAAAACUAUUUCCUUUUCUCACUAACAGCUUCUUAUCAGCUACACAUCCUUUCAGAUGGACAGAAACACCUGUGGACUUUUCAGAUCUGAAGCAAAAAUGGAGCUUGAUUUUUCUCCUCUCUCUCAAAGAUGAAAGUGCUGUUUAGCUGAUGGUGAAAAUUUAGGUGGUCUAUUUUUAAUUAUUUUUUUCAUAGACUUUCUCCUUUCAUAUGCAAGUGGAUUAUCCUACAUCUAAUCUCCUUAGAAAUAUCUCCUGAAAAACAUUAGUGCUUUGUACUUAAUGGCCAUUUUAAGUGGAAAUUAAAUAAAUGAAGGGUAGCUUCUGUAGUAGUACUGCAUGACGCUAAGGCAGUGUAAACAAACGGUGAUGAUGAACAGUAAGGCACCUUCAGCUACACACCCAUUCUGACAACACCAGCUCAUCAGAGGCAACCAUGUAGUGUUUCUGUGAGAGCUGCCUUCUACGAAUGGACUUUAUUUAUGUAAAGCUUAAAUGUGCUGCAUUGUUCCCAGAAAUGUGCAGCUGUGGAAAUCGUAUUUAUUUUCAGUGUAAAUAUUUUUAGUUCAGUAAUCUGCGUCCCUGCAGUGCGUGUCUGGCAGUUCCUUUCAGCCGUUGCUAAUACACAAAGUGCAGCUUACUAACAAUAAAUGUAUUUCUUUCUUCA